AGUGAAUAUAAAGAACACGUAGUGAUUCGUGUUUUAAAAACUAAACAAAAAUGUCUAACGUUCCAUUAGUUCGUAAAGCGAUCGCUGGCGCCGCUCGACACUCAUCAAUCCCUACCAAUGAAAACAACCCCUUAGUGCUCCAGCCUGCGCAGGAGAGCCAAUGGACCCCCGCGGCUUUGGAAAGGGCUGGAUCUACCCUAAAGGCUCUCAAUCGAAUGGCCAAGCGUCCGCCCGUGCAUAUACUGUUUGAAGAUAUUAACUAUACCGUGAGUUCACACAAAGGGGAUAACACUAUUCUGCACAAUGUGUCAGGAGAGUUUCGAUCAGGUGAGCUGACGUGCAUUCUCGGACCUUCGGGUGCUGGCAAGUCCUCCUUGAUGAACAUACUGGCAGGAUAUGCUUCAAACAACGUAAGCGGACGAGUAACAGUGAACGGGCACGCGCGCGACAUGCACGUGUUCAAGAAGCUGUGCUGUUACAUUAUGCAGGACGACAUGCUGCAGCCGCGGCUCACGGUCAUCGAGGCCAUGAGGAUCGCAGCUAAUCUCAAGUUGGGCAAGGAGCUUGGUAGAGCUGAAAAGCAUCUUAUCGUUACAGAAAUUUUGCAGACCCUUGGUCUCUGGGACCACCGGGACACGAGAUCCGAGUGCCUGUCUGGAGGACAGUCCAAGCGGCUCUCCGUUGCUUUAGAACUUGUCAACAACCCACCUAUCAUAUUUUUGGAUGAACCUACCACAGGCCUAGACGUAGUAUCGGUCCGGCAACUAGUGGUGCUGCUGCGUCUGCUCUCACGGCAGGGCAGGACAAUCAUCUGCACCAUACACCAGCCCUCGGCCUCGCUCUUCGCACUCUUCGAUCGAGUAUACGUCCUGGCAAGAGGCAUGUGCUGUUACCAGGGCGCUGCGCCUCUCCUCGUCCCGUUCCUGGCCGAGGUGGGCCACAUCUGCCCGACCACGCACAACCCGGCAGACUUCAUGAUCGAGACGCUCGUCAUCGACGUGGAGGCGCCCGCGCAGCUCUCCGAGCUCUGCCAGAACGGGAAGCUGUGUCGCAAGCUGGACCGGAUCACUGCCAGAGGAGGCCGGCGACCUGUAUUGCACUCCGAUGAAUCAAUUCAACGGAUAUUCGUGGAGCACGUGGCCAAGGAGCUGGAGCAGAAGAUGGAGUUCCCCACCACCUUCCUGAUGCAGUUCUUUAUCCUCACCAAGAGGAUGUUUGUGCAGAACAAACGGAACGCUACAGGUCUCUGGAUCCAGUUGUUUCACCACGUGCUGUCAGCCUUGCUGGUGGGCUGCAUAUUCUUCCUCGUGGGCAACGACGGCGACUCACCCAUCGUCAACUUCAAGUUCUGCCUCAGCUGCCUUGUGUUCUUCAUGUACACUUACAUUAUGAUACCUGUACUUAUAUUCCCCACUGAAGUGCGCAUGCUCCGCAGAGAGUACUUCAACCGCUGGUACAGCCUUAAGGCGUACUACGCGGCGCUUACAUUCGCCUCCCUGCCUUCCAUGAUGUUAUUCGGCCUUCUAUUCAUCGGCAUCUCAUACCUAAUGUCAGGGCAGCUGCUGGAAUGGAAGAGAUUCUGUCUUUUCUCUCUCAUCGGGAUUCUAACUGGAGUCUGCUCCGAAGGACUGGGACUACUCAUUGGUGCUGCGUUUAGUGCUACAAAUGGUUCCAUAGUAGGCCCAGCCACUGCAGCUCCGCUCCUAGCGCUCUGCUGCUACGGAAUGGGCUUCGGCCCCAAAAUAGAACUCAUCAUGAAGGUCCUUAUGGCCGCCUCCUAUCUUCGCUACACCGUCACAGGAUUCACCUUAGCCUUAUACCAGGAGAGAAACCCUAUGGACUGCGAUGAUGUAUUCUGUCUUUACGCUGACCCUAAAUUGCUAUUGAGAGACUUGGGCAUGAUUGAUGAUAAUUACUAUUUCCAAAUCCUGGCGCUGUUUGCAUUUACAGUACUGCAUAGGGUGUUAGCGUACUACGCUCUUAGGUACCGAUUGACCGUCGAGUUUUCUAAUAAGUACAUAGCUUAUGUAAGUAAACUAUUCAAACACAAGUAG